CCUUUUCUGUUAUUUUUUAGACCUGGUCCCUUCAAUUAUGAGCAACUUGUUGAAUCCAGAUGCAAUUUUCUCCAACAAUGAAAUGAGCCUGUCAGACAUUGAAAUCUAUGGCUUCGAUUAUGACUAUACCCUCGUCUUUUAUUCUAAGCACCUCCACACCCUCAUCUUCAAUGCUGCUCGAGACCUCCUCAUCAAUGAACAUCGGUAUCCUGCAGAGAUAAGGAAUUACGAAUAUGACCCAAAUUUUGCCAUUCGUGGUCUUCAUUAUGAUGUGCAUCGGGCCAUAUUGAUGAAGAUUGAUGCUUUUCAUUAUAUCCAGCUGGGAACUGUGUACAGAGGGCUCACUGUCGUCCCAGAUGAGGAAGUCAUUGAGAUGUACGAAGGCUCCCAUGUCCCCCUGGAACAAAUGAGUGACUUCUAUGGGAAGAGCUCCCAUGGAAACACGAUGAAGCAGUUCAUGGACAUCUUUUCCUUACCAGAGAUGACCCUCCUCUCUUGCGUCAAUGAGUAUUUUCUGAAGAACAACCUUGAUUAUGAGCCUGUGCAUCUGUACAAGGAUGUCAAGGAUUCAAUCAGAGACGUCCACAUCAAAGGGAUUAUGUACAGAGCAAUUGAAGCAGAUAUUGAGAAGUAUAUCUGCUAUGCUGAGCAAACCCGUGCAGUGCUGGCCAAGUUGGCGAAUCAUGGCAAGAAGAUGUUCCUUAUCACCAACAGCCCCAGCAGCUUCGUGGACAAAGGGAUGCGCUACAUCGUUGGGAAGGACUGGCGGGAUCUCUUUGACGUGGUCAUCGUUCAGGCUGAGAAGCCCAACUUCUUCAACGACCGGCGGAGACCAUUCCGGAAGGUGACCGAGAGGGGUGUACUUCUUUGGGAUAAAAUCCAUAAGCUGGAAAAAGGCCAGAUUUACAAACAGGGUAAUUUAUAUGAAUUUUUGAAACUUACAGGAUGGAGGGGGUCCAAAGUGUUGUAUUUUGGAGAUCAUAUUUACAGUGAUCUGGCUGAUUUGACCCUGAAACAUGGCUGGCGGACGGGGGCCAUUAUUCCCGAGCUGAGAUCAGAGAUCAAGAUCAUGAACACGGAGCAGUACAUUCAGACUAUGACCUGGCUGCAGACCCUGACUGGAUUACUGGAACAGAUGCAGAUUCACAGAGAUGACACAUCACAGAUGAUUUUGCAAGAGUGGAAAAAGGAAAGAAAGGAGAUGAGAGAAAUGACCAAAAAUUUCUUCAACUCCCAGUUUGGAAGCCUAUUUCGCACAGACCAGAAUCCCACAUACUUCCUGAGGCGCUUGUCUCGAUUUGCUGAUAUCUACAUGGCGUCUCUGAGCUGCCUCCUGAGUUAUGAUCUCAGUCACACAUUCUAUCCUAGGAGGACUCCCUUGCAGCAUGAACUUCCAGCCUGGUCUGAGAGACCUCCAUCGGGCAACUUCAGGAUCCCCUUUAUACAGGGGGUGGCCCAGGCCAAGUAACCAAAUAAACCACUCAAAGUGGGCAGACAUGGAGGCAUUAAUACCAAUGAGAGUAUAAACUUUGCUUUUUAAGCAAGUAUGAAUAUUGUAUUUUGCUAUUUAUAUAAUUUUGUCUGGUAAAUAAAAUACCUUGUUUUGAUAGAAUUGGAAUUCAGAAUUAACUGGUCUUAACCCUCUUCUGAGCUGUAUCCUCCUAUUAAUGAUAAUGGGAAUUAUGAACACCCAGAGGAGGGAAAAGUUUCUGUUGGCUGAAAGAUGAGCUUCAUAUUGAAAGUCUAUUCAGCCUUUAAGUUUACAAAGGCCUUGGAGCUUAAUUUUUCUGGGAUAGAUAAGGCCCUUUUUGUACUAGUUUUAGAGUGCUGUACUUGGUCGUGUUUUGAUAGUACUAAAGCAACUGUGUUUCUUGAUCAUUCAUUCAACAGCUCCCUACUGAUUUAAGAUGUGCAAGGAGGUAACAUAUUAUUGUAGAAAGAUCAAAGACAUGUUUGGAUUCCACUUCUGGACUUAUUAGCUGUGUGACCUGGGUAAAUCAGUUGAGCACUCUGAGCCUCAGUUUUCUUAUCUGUAAAAUGGGGAUAAUAAAUCCUUAUAGUAAAAGAGGGGAUGGGAGAUUGAGUAAAGAGCUGACCUCAGGGUCAGGGUCUGAGUUCAAGAACCAUCUCUGACACAUACUGGUUUUAUGAUUCUAGGUAAACUAGUUAAUUGUCCAUAAACAACCUCUUAGAUUAUAUUAUAAAUAGCAGAGAAGGCACCAAGUUAUAUUAAUAAUGGGAGUUUGCUAAACCAGUGAAAUCACAAGGCCCUUUCUGAAUCCUUAUAGUUCCUACCUACUAGAACUGUUGUAGGACUCAUAUAGUGUCCCCAAAGUCCUUAAGAGCUUAAAACCAUGCUAAGACUUUUAAGACACCCCAUCCUACAUAAAGUACUUUACAAACUUUAAUAUAAACCAUGUGAAUGCCAGCUGUAGUUAUAAUUGUAUUUAUAAUUUAACCAAAUUCCAUGCUCAUACUGGAGCGCCAGGUUAAAAGCUUAAGGCUUUGAUUUUGAAAUUAAUUUGAGUACUUCUCAUCCAAUGUGGACACUCCCUGCAUCCUGGGAAUUCCUAACACUUCACAAAGUGAAGUCCUUUUCCUGCUGAGGCAGAAGGACAGAGAAGGUGGCUAACUUUCUCACCCUCCCUCAUCCUUAUUCUGCCACUUCCUUACCAGGGGUAGACCAAGAGGAUGAUGGAGUGAUGAGAGUCUACACCUGUUGAAUCCAAUUAUCUCUCUCCCCAUAAAAAAGCAGAUGCUUUUCUCCAACAAAAGCAGAGAGAGAAUUAACUUGGACAAACAAGAAUCCCAGGCUGCCAAGGAGAAUUUGGGGCUGGAGGUGGGUUGUGAUUCCCAUAUAAGAAAGGUAAAAUAAGAGAGCAGGAGUGUGAGACUAUCAGGACACAGCUUAAAACAAUCAGCAGGAAUUGUCCAACAACUAUUAAAACUAUGAAACAUCAGUGUUGUGUGGUUCACCACUGAGGGUGGGAUGAAAGCACAGGUAGAAUCUUUUUGCAAUAAAUUUAGGUGAUUCUCUCUGCUUCCCUUGGUUUUGUUGUAAUACAUCUUAUUAAAAUAAGUGCAUGGUUAAUAAACCUAAUGUUAGUCCCCAAGACUGGGACAUAAUAGAAUUAACAUUAUGGGACAGACUAGGGAGAAAGAAGCAGAUAUUGAUCCCUCAUCAUCUCAUACUCUUCCUUUGGGGUCUAUUUGUGUAUUUCCUUAGUGAGUGAUUUGAGAGUUUAGUUGGCUCCUGUUUUGGUGGAUGAGGGGUUCAGGGUUAGGGUAUGGAAUUCAGGGGUUCUGAACUUUCUUAUGCCAUGGAUUCUGAUGAAACCUCUCGAGCACUUCUCAGAUAAUAUUUUAAAAUGUACGAAAUAAAAUGAAGAAGACUAUAAAAGUAAUUAUAUUGGCAUAUAAUUAUUAACAUUAAAAAAGUCCAUCCCAGUUUAAGAAUCUCUAGUUUUAGAAUUUCCUCUUGACUAGGGAUUAUUUGAUAAUUUUGUAUCUCUCUCUAGCACCUAAAGCUGCCUGGCACAGAACAGGUGCUUAAUAAAGAUUUAGUGAUUGAUUGGGUAAAAGAAAUUUAAAAAGCUGAACUCCCUUUCAGUAGCUCAGUUCCAUUCUCCCUGCCUGCAAUGUAAAUGGUAUAAAGCCAGGCUCUUUCUCCAAAAGAAUGAUGGACACAUGGGCAAAGAUCAUAGUGUUAUUGCUGUGUAGUAUUAUAGAUAAGUGGAUUUGGCGUUCAGAAGAUUUGUGUUCAAGCCCUUCCUCAGACAUUAUGACUCUGAACAAAUAACUUAACCUCUGUCUCAGUUUCCUUUAUAAAAUGGGCAUGAUAAUGGCACUUAAUCAUUUCGCAGGAUUGUUGUGAGGAAAAAUGAAAUAAUAUAUGUAGAGUGCUUUGUAGAUUUUGAAGGAACAUAUAAAAGUUAUCACGAUUAUUUUUGUUAUUAUUCUUGCAACAAAUUCUUUAUAACAUGGUUUCACAAAUGUGCAUGAGAUUGCUGAAAAUUUGUCCAGUGCUGGACUCUGAAAGGGACACUUCACAGAUCACAGACUUAGAAUGUCUUCUUAGCAAAUAGGUAAAUGGCAACCACUUCAGAACCAAAACAAUUAAAUAGACAAACAUUUCUUAAGCACUUCCUGUUCUCAGGGGAUAUUUCACUUAAGUCUAGGUGAUGGGAAUGUUCUUCUAAAUGCUGUUUCCUUGGAGACACAGUCUAAAUUAUCUUGUGGGAGGAUGGAGAGUGGUUUGGAAGAAGGAAAUGGGAUUGGCCAGAGAGACGAGUGGGGGUGGGGGUGGAGAGAGAUCUCUUCUAAGUAAGAAAAGGUAGUUUUUCUUCCCUUCUUUUUAGAAUAGCUUAUUUCCAUGAGUUGUCUUGUAUUUAUUUCCAAGAUGAUAUCCUUAGCUAGAGGUAUGCUGAUAAAUAUUUAACAACCAACUCUCCAGGAAAAAGAAAAUGGAUGCAUGACACA